AUGCUUCCUCAUUUCUCCGUCCUACAACUUGCAAAUGUUCCCGAAAUCAUGGGUCUCAUUACGGCCACCACCGUUUUGGCUUCCGUCAAGGAGCACUUCAUUAUCUCUAUCAUACUGCUCUUCUCUGUCGCUUUGAUUGUGCGGUCGAUUUAUCGUCUAUACUUUGACCCACUCCAUCAUAUACCAGGUCCUAAGCUUGCAGCAGUCACUCAUCUCUACGAGUUCUAUCACGAUGUCAUCCGCGGUGGAUUGUUCAUUUGGGAAAUCGAAAAGAUGCAUCAGGUCUAUGGCCCCAUCGUACGGAUCAACCCCCGUGAAGUCCACAUAAAAGAUCCGUAUUUCUAUGACGAACUCUAUGCUCCAGCCCACGGGAUACGAGACAAAGAUGCCAAAUCCGUCGAGAUAUUCAGUUCCCCCACCGCGUUGGUUUCAACAGUUAGCCAUCAUAAGCAUCGCAUGCGCCGGAAACUGCUCACAUCCUUCUUUUCAAGACGGUCGAUCGAGAAGAUUGAGCCUAUUAUCCACGAGUCGCUUUCGAGGUUCUUAGAUAGCCUUAUUACAGCGUACAAGGAAGACUCCGUCGUAGAGCUCAUCGACAGACUCCAAGCGUUGACAGGCGACGUCAUCACACAAUAUGCCUAUGGAGAGAGCUAUGGGCUCCAAGACCCCGAGAACAUCGGAAGGGGCAUUGUCAAGGUGGUUCAGGAAGGGACGGCGCAAAUCCACCUGCACAGGUUUUUCCCUCUCCUCCAGCGAGUUUUGCGAUUAAUACCCUCGUGGUUCAUGACUCAGGUCUUUCCAGCCCGAGCGGCGAUGUACGACCUGCUGGGUGGGGUAAGAAAGAAAUCAAUAGAGGUUCUUCGGGAGAAGGACACGUCCACAUCUCAGAGGAUGACCAUGUUUCAUGCUCUGACAGCUCCAGAUGUCCCUCCCGAGGAACGAACGUUGCGACGCCUCGAGGAUGAGGGAUUGGUCCUGUUUGCUGCCGGCACAGAGACCACAGCGACUACCUUAGGAGUGGCUAUAUUCCACGUCCUCAGUGAUCAAUCGACCCUUCUAAAACUUCGUAGAGAGCUUGAACAAGUAAUGCCCGCCCCGCAAAACCUGGUGACGUGGCGCCAGCUUGAAAGGUUGCCAUAUUUAAACGGGGUUAUUCAUGAAGCCUUACGCUUUUCUGGUCUAGCUAUGCGGCAACAGAGAGUCUCAACGACGGACGUAUUAAAAUACAAGGAUUGUGAUAUUCCACCCGGGACUCCCGUUAGUAUGCUCCAACAUUUCAUGCAUACGGAUCCAGAAAUCUUUCCUAAUCCCAAGAGGUUUCACCCUGAACGUUGGGUGCUCGCGGCCGAGCGCAAUGAGGGGCUUUCAAGAUUUCUGGUGACAUUCGGCAAAGGCACACGGUCCUGUAUAGGAAUGAACCUGGCUUAUGCGGAAUUACAUACUGCCCUAGCAGCCAUUGUCCGUCGAUUCGAUCUAGAACUAUACCAGACGACUGCAGAGGAUAUACGUUUUGCGCGAGACAAACUACUUCCACGGGCCAAGGAUGGACCCUGGAGAAUCCGAGUGAAAAUUGUUGGUAUCCGUAAAGAAUAG